AUGCGUCGUGAUUGUUUGAAAUUGAAACUCAGUGAUCCUCAAUCCGUAUCUGUCAGUUCCUUUCACUCAGAAUCUGAGGAUGAAAGUUCUGACCGGGGAAGUAGAAGUUCUAGAAGCGGUGAUGACGCCAACAUGAUUCCCGCUCUAUCUUCUGUUCACGAUACAAGAACGCAUGUCGUGGUCGAAUUGUAUGAGACUGAAAAGUCUUAUGUGGAGGCCUUGGAGAUUUUAGUUAAGAAAUACCUCCAACCACUUAAAAGUCCUGAGAACGCUGGUCUUCUCGACGCGUUUGUAGUAGAUGAGAUAUUCUACCAAGUACCAGCCAUUUUAAAUGUACAUCAAGUCUUUCUGGAGCAGUUAAGGCGAAGACUGGAACAAUGGGAUCUGCAACAGAAAGUUGGAGACGUCUUCUUAGAUGUGUUUACAAAACCCACCGUGAUGGACACAUACAUGUCUUUCAUAAACAAUUUGAAAAAAGCGAAGGAAACUAUAAAAAAUGCAGCGACUUCAAGGCCUGCGUUUGCAAAAUUUCUCGACGCUAUGGCAAGAGACCACAAAGGAAAACUAUCUUUGGACAAUCUUCUUAUAAAACCAGUACAAAAGUUCCCGAGUUAUAAGCUCCUGAUACAAAGGCUGAUAAAACAUACAGACCAAUCUCACCCCGACCAUAAAUUACUGAUCGAAGCUCAAAAAGAAAUUCACGAUUUGUUGGAACUGAUAAACUGUACUGAGCGAGAGAGUUUGGAGCUCGAACAGCAACAGCAGACUCUAAGGGAUCUAGAACAAAUGAUCGAGGGUCUAUCAAAUCUGGUGAUAGCAGAUAGGACGUUUAUUAGACACGAAAUGGUCACGAUGCCUUCAGCCCAAGGGACCAUAAAAGAUAGAGCCCUCUUUCUGUUCAACGAUUCUCUACUCAUUACAAGUGUUAAGAGAAGGACUGGCACUAUAAAGAAACCCAUUCCAACGUACCAAAGUAGUAUAGCGAGUCAAAUGGAAGGAAAUAAAUUUAAACUUCUAAUGAGGAUAUCUUUAGCUGACGUGGAAAUCGUUAAAGCAAAAGACGAAAACAUUCGUCGUAUAAUACACGAAGUGGAGACGCUGACGGAGGACGUGAACACGCUGGCGCGCAUCUCGGAGCUGGUGGCGGCGCUGCGCGCGCCGCACGCCGCGCUGGAGGAGCUCGUGCGCGAGUCGCUGCUGGCCGCCGGCCGCCAGCUCGCGGACCGGCAGAGCAGCGACACACAGCUCUGCUAUAUGGAGAUCAGUGUUAACACUUCAAGUGGUCCAGAGAAUCUUACAAUAAUAUUCCCUAAAACCGAAAAGAGAAGUAAUUGGGAGGAACUAAUAAAUGAGACCAAACAGAAAUUGAGUGUAUACGGUCCAGAACGUCCAGCUCCUGAGUUCCUCUCGCCGGUCCCCAUACGGAAGACGCGCGCCGGCCUGCAGUUCACUUGCGCGGCGCCCACGCUGCCGCCUAAAGGGCAGUCGCCUGAUGUUUGGGUAUGCAACAGCGACGGCUACGUGGGGCAGGUGUGCGUGCUGACGCUGACGCCGAAGCCGCAGGUGACGUCCUGCAACGGCGUGUGCAACGCGCGCAUCCUGUGCGUGGCGUGCGUGCCGCCCGCGCCCGCGCCCGCGCCCGCGCCCGCCCCCGCGCCCGCGCUCGCCCGGCAGCACACGCUCGACGUACCGAGUACGAGUUCAUUGAACAGCACUGGUUCCAAACCUGGAAUCAGCAUAUCAGAUCCAGAUGAAAGUUCCAAGAGUAUACGAUUGGACAGUUCAUCAUCAAGCGACGAUGACGACGACGGGUCAUCAACCAGCGAGAACCAAGACGCAAAUUCCGAAAGGAGCCAAGAGUCCGCCAGUCUCCGCCUCCAUCUCUCCGGCGGACUCUCCGGACUUUCCACCAAGACCCUCACUCCGAACCACAGUAAGAGUCUCAGUACUCCGCACACUGGACAGAGCAUUCCAGUACAUCCUGUGAUGAAAUCCAGUUCCAACCCGGCGGUAGACAAACAGGCUAUGGGCAUUAAUUCUGGUACAUUAUCAUCGCCAGCAAGUAGACAGUCGUCAGAGGACAGCGCGACCACCGCCAACCAGCCGACCAUGUGGCUCGGCACUGAGGACGGCUGCAUACACGUCUACAAUUGCUUGGAUAAUAUACGGAUUAAGAAGAAUAAAGUGAAAUUGCAACACAAUUCUGGAGUGCAUUCCAUUGUGUAUAUGGAGGGUAAAGUGUUUGUGGCGCUUGGGAACGGCGAUCUCGUUGUGUAUUGUAGAGAUAUUGACGGUUCGUGGACGGAGCGGUCGACGAUCCCGGUGGGGUCCGGCGGCGGCGGCGGCGCGCCCGUCAGCAGCAUGCUGCUGUCCGAGGGCCGGCUGUGGUGCGCCUCGCACUCCUCCAUCAAGAUCAUCAACCCGCAUACCUUGCAGGUGGACGAAACAUUCCAAAUAAGCUCGGAGGCGAAGCCGAUCAGCCACAUGGCGGUGGCGGGCGCGGCGGUGUGGCUGUCGCUGCACAACGCGGCCACGCUGCGCUGCUACCACGCCGCCGCGCGCGACCUGCUCGCCGACAUCAACAUCACGCCGCACGUCACCAAGAUGUUACACGGCUGCGACGACAUCAUCCGGCAGCACAAGGCGGCGUGCCUGCGCGUGACGGCGCUGCGCGCGCACCGCGACACGCUGUGGGUGGGCACGAGCGCCGGCGUGCUGCUCUCCGCGCCGCUGCACAACUCGCCCAACGCGCGCACCGGCGCCUUCGCCGUGCCGCCCAUCAGCGGUAUCCACUAUGGUCACACUGGUCAUGUGCGAUUUUUGACCAUUGUCGAAAAUCCUGUCACUCAUAAACCAGCGGCCAAACCGACACAAAGCCUAAAAACAAAAGCAUUAAGUCGACGAUCUCAGAACGCGGAGAAAAUGCAAAAGCAAACGGAAUCCACACAAAGUAAUAAGGAAACUCUAAUCAUCUCAGGGGGAGAUGGUUAUGAGGACUUUAGAAGUUCAUCUAUGACUGAGGAUGCUGGGAGGGAAGAUUCAACAAAUCAUUUACUUUUAUGGAGAGUA